AGCGCAAGCACGUGGUUCAACGUAGACGCCACUGUCGAAGCCAAUGCAGUUUUAGAGGGGUACAAUACAUUUCGAAGUAAUCUCUAAUGCUGGUCUAACGCGGCGUGUUUGGAUCCUUCCUUCUCAGAACUUGAUUCUUUUCUGAAAAGUGUACAGUAGAGCUGGUCUCUUUAUUUCCAACAGAAAUAGGUUAUGUGCUAGCACGUGAUUCACUUACUAGUGUUCUAGUGUAGUUACUAAAGUGUUCGUUACUAAAAAUUACUUUUGAUUGUGUUCAGUAUCGAAGAUGGCCUUAUCUAGUCGCGCUAGAGUAUACACGGACGUUAACUGUCAAAAAUCGAGGGAAUACUGGGACUACGAAAGCUAUGUCGUACACUGGAAAAGUUUGGACGACUAUCAGCUAGUUAAAAAACUAGGUAGAGGUAAAUACAGCGAGGUUUUCCAAGCCAUCAACACGACGACCAACAAAACGUGUGUGGUGAAAGUUUUGAAACCGGUAAACAGGAAGAAGAUCAAGAGGGAAAUAAAAAUUUUGGAAAACUUGAAAGGCGGAGUGAACAUUAUCUCGUUGGAGUCUGUGGUGAAGGAUCCAAUAAGUAAGAUACCAGCAUUGAUUUUCGAAAACAUCAACAACGUAGAGUUUAAGACCUUGUAUCCGACACUGUCGGAUUUAGACAUUCGAUUCUACUUGCACCAGUUGCUGCAAGCCUUGGACUAUUGUCACAGCAUGGGUAUCAUGCACAGAGACGUGAAACCCCACAACGUGAUGAUAGACCCAGAAACUAAGACUCUACGCUUGAUCGACUGGGGUUUGGCUGAGUUCUACCAUCCAGGGCAAGAGUACAACGUAAGGGUUGCUUCAAGAUAUUUUAAAGGUCCAGAACUUCUUGUAGACUUUCAAAUGUACGAUUACUCCCUGGACAUGUGGUCUCUGGGAUGCAUGCUGGCCUCCAUGAUCUUCAAAAGGGAACCCUUCUUCCAUGGCCACGAUAAUUACGACCAGCUGGUUCGUAUAGCCAAGGUUUUGGGUACCGAUGAUCUGUUUAGAUAUAUCGAGAAGUAUGGGGUGGAACUUGAUCCCAGGUUUAACGAUAUCCUAGGUAGACAUUCAAGAAAACGCUGGGAACGUUUUGUGAACAGGGAAAACCAGCACCUGGUCACUCCUGAAGCAUUGGAUUUCCUUGAUAGGCUUUUACGGUAUGACCAUGCGGAAAGGUUGACAGCUAGAGAAGCUAUGGAUCAUCCUUACUUUUUUCCAAUCACCCAGAGUAUAACACAGAUGUCUGCGGUCACUUCUACCUCCAAAGUUUGACGGGUGGCUGUCACACUUGUUUGGUUCACAUUGUACUCUUGCUUCAUUUUCAAGGGAUAAAGUAAUGAAGCUUCAAGGAAAAUGGAGGAGUGAAGAUAUGAAAACUUUCUGAGUAGCACCUAACUGUUUGUUUUUGUAACGAUGAUAUAAUUUGUUAUUCUGGUAGUCGUCACAAUGUAUUGUCUUUUUCCUUCUUUUUAAUAUUCCUUUUUUUGAGAAGUUAAUCCGUUUGAACUGUUUCGUUUUGAAAUUAUUCGAACCAAGAACGGAAACUAUCCACACUUAACAUUUUUUUAGUAUUUCAGAGAUAUUCACUGUCCAAUCCUAGCCAUAUAUUUUAAGAUAAAACUCCAUUCUACCUCAUAGAAUAUGAUUGUUUCAUUAAUUGAAACUAGAUAGAAAAUAAAUUGAAAAAAUAGACAUUGUUCAUUUUUCUUGGAAUAGAAAUUGUCAACUUGAUGCCUGAGUGUUCAAAAGUCAUUCUUUCAUUUUUAUUCAUUAAAAAUAUUUUUGAUAUCGUUUAUAGCCUGCUUUCUCGCUUAAUAUCAUGUUUCAUUUCCACUUUUUCAUCGUUUUUCAGGAUAAAUAAAAAAGAAUACAACAGACAAAAAUAUAAAAUCAACAAAAAAUGUGAUAAUACUGGUGUAAAUAGAAACAGACAUGAAAAACUUGUAAAUAUUCGUUUUUUAAGACUGAGACUUAAAUAUUCAAUGGAUUUUCGAGAUGGCUGUGGUAUAAGACUGAUGUUUUUAUUAUGCAUUCUUAAAUUAUUUUAAUGUCAAUUAAUCCAAUGAAUCUUCCACAGCCUCUUUGUCCUAGUUUGUUUUUGUACAUAUUUGUUGUAUAUUGAAUUUUUUAAGUGUUCAUUCAAGUAAGGCUGAGAGCUAUAAGUUUUCUUAGGGAAUGUAAACGUUGUAACUAUUACUGAACAAAUGUUACCUGAAUAAAAAACCAUGAUGA